AUGGGAAAUGCCUCUGAAAUGGUCUUGUUCAUUUCCUCCAUCUCCAAGAACCAUGACAUCCUCAUGGGAACACUGUAUUCCAUGUUCUGUGUCCUCUCUUUACUGGGAAAUGGUACUUUGCUUUUUGUUGCCUAUCGCAGAAAAUCCUUUCUGAAGCCUGCCGAGUUCUUUAUUGUCAACCUGUCCAUAAGUGACCUUGGAAUGACCUUGACACUUUUCCCGUUAGCUAUCCCUUCUGCCUUUGCACACAGGUGGCUGUUUGACAACAUUACAUGCCUCUGUUAUGCCUUCUGUGGAGUUCUCUUUGGACUGUGCAGCCUCACUAAUCUCACCAUAUUAUCUUCUGUGUGCUGUCUUAAAGUGUGCUACCCUGCUUAUGGUAACAAGUUUUCUUCAGCUCAUGCUGGUCUGCUGGUUGUGUUUUCCUGGUGUUACUCAUCAGUUUUUGCAUGGGCCCCUUUGGCUAAAUGGGGGCAUUACGGUCCAGAGCCAUAUGGCACCGCAUGUUGCAUUGACUGGCAUGCAGCGAAAAAUGAGCUGUCUGCCAUGACCUACAUUGUGUCUCUAUUUGUAUUCUGCUAUGUGGUACCGUGUACCAUUAUCUUUACCUCCUAUGCUUUUAUUCUGUUGACUGUUUGGGGAUCCAGACAAGCUGUACAACAGCAUGUGUCUCCGGUGACAAAAGCUGGCAGCGCCCACAAUGUCAUCAUUAAGCUCUCUAUAGCAGUUUGCAUUGGUUUCCUGACUGCCUGGAGCCCAUAUGCAAUUGUUUCCAUGUGGGCUGCCUUUGGAGAUUCUCAGCAUGUACCAUCUGUUGCAUUUGCAAUGGCAGCAAUCUUCGCAAAGUCAUCUACAAUCUACAAUCCCAUCAUUUAUCUGCUCUUCAAGCCCAAUUUCCGCAAAUUUCUUUGUCGGGAUGCUGCAGUUUGCCGGCGGCGUGUGUGCACCCCGUUCAGCUGCUGCAGAAUGCCAGGGCAGCAAAAGGAAAUGUUUCAGAGUAAAGAUGUCAACAACUCCACGUGGCUGUCCAAUGGCCAGCCCGAGAAUAACAUAGGCUGCCAUCGCUGUCCUGACUCAAGGCCUGUAAGGACUCUUUCAGCAAAUAGAACUGCUCAAGUUACAAAAAGUCUAACAAAUAAAGAGGUGCCAGUUACACAACUCUCAGAUGAACUGAAAAAAGAAUUUCUUUAGUUCUAGGGGACCUGUAAUGGAAAAAGCCACAAUAAAAUUGUAUAUCGGGGACCCAGGUUUGGUUCUGGCUUCAGAUUUUUGCUUCCUUCUAAUUUUUUAAUUAGAAGCUGAUUAUUUCUGCUCAAGCAAAAUUUUUGGAGCUUCAUUUCAGUUACUGUAUAUACUCACAUUUAAGUUCUCCUGCGAAUAAGUCUGGGCUUGAUUUUACAGUAUAAUUUCCCGUAUUUUAUAAUGUCUGUCGUAUAAGUCGAAUGUGGAAAACUCACGCUAUUGGUCCAAGAGAUUAUGAUAUGCUAACGCCCACCUGAGAGAGUAACCAUGGAGCACACUGCCUUUUUUUUCUAUGUAUUGUGCUUACAUGAUCACAAGGUAAUACCCAAACUAUUCCAAAGAGACAUUUGUACUGUUUUGUGUUUUUUGUACCUCACACCCUCAUACACCUUUAUCGUAAGAGCAUCCCUUAUCUACGAUGGAGUGUUCGAGCAGAAGAAAAUAUGAAGCUGGUUUUAAAUUAAAAGUCUUUGAAGUGGUGAAAGAAAUUGGUAACUGCGCUGCUGCAACAAAAUUCAAUGUGUCUGAGAAACUGGUGCUAGAUUGGAGGAGGCAAGAAAAUGUAAAAAAAAAACAAAACAUUAAGUGUCACAUUUUUGAAUGGGCGUAUAAGUCGGGGUCUGAUUUUAUGAUCGAUUUUUUUGGGUUUCAAGACCUGACUUAUACGCGAGUAUAUACGGUAACUCACUUGUUAUAAUUUCCACACCUUAAUAGCUUGUUUAAGUCAUUUACU